UUUUAUUUUUUAUUUUCCCUUUUAUANUUGGAUUGUUUGAGGAAAUUUGAGGAAAUAGCCCUUAACAAUGGUGGAAGAACGAGUUCUUGAUGACAGUAGCUGCAUAGCCCAACCUUUUGAAUUUAAGCUUGAAGAAGAUGAAGAAGACUUCAGGAGCUGUUGCGAGGACGAGGAUGAGUUGAAGGAGGAAGAAGAUGAAGAACUUAUUGAAGUUGGUUCAGAUGAUACUCUCGAUGAACAUUCGGUGAAACUAUAUUUCAAAGGCGUUUCUGCUGAUGGGCCCAGUGAUUCUUCUGGUUCGAAACUUUCUGGAAUUGGGGUUUUCAUGGAGAAAUCGGGCAACGAUUCCCCUAUUCGGGUGCAGAAGAAGCUCGAUUUCUAUGUGGAGGAAUUGAUUGCCGAAUACUUGGCUUUGCUCGAUGGUUUGUCUGUUGCUAUUCAGAAUAAUAUCUGGCGUGUCGUGGCCUUUACUGAUUCUCAAAUAUUAUAUGAUCAGAUAACCCUACACAAUGCCGUAGAUAGCCCUCUUCUCCUAGCUCUUAGAGAAAGGAUCACCGAACAAACCAGCCAUUUUGAAAAAUUCAUCCUAAAACUUAUCCCAAAACCCGAUCUGCAAAAAGCAUCCCAACUAGCCCGAAUUGCCAUUGGAAUAGUCUCCUCACCUCCCGAGGAAGGUGGGCCCACCACAACAGAGACUUGCUCCAUCUGCUGCCAGGAAAAGCUCCAGCCCAUGAUGCUUUCGAUUAAAUGCUCCCACAGGUUUUGUUCACACUGCAUGAAAACUCACGUCGAGAAAAAAUUAAAGACCGCCCAAAUCCCCAUCCAAUGCCCUCACCUAAACUGCAAGUACCGAGUCUCGAUCAACGAGUGCUCGUCUUUUCUGCCCGUGGUGAGUUUCGAGUCUUUGGAGAAGGCACUCGAGGAAGCAAACCUUUUGGGCUUGGAUAAAAUCUUUUGUCCUUAUACGAGCUGUUCGGGUUUGAUUGAUACAAAUGACUCGGAGAAUGGCUGCUCGGAGUGCACUGUAUGUGGGGGGCUCGUGUGUAUCGUCUGUGGGGUCCGCUGGCACUCUUCGAUGACUUGCGAGGAGUACCAAAGUUUGCCGGAAGAGGAGAGAGAGGAUUUUUCGGAGGAUUUAACGUUGCAUAGGCUGGCGAGUGAUAAGAGGUGGCGGCAGUGCCAACAGUGUCGGAGUUUGGUCAAGCUUACCCAUAGUUGCUACCAAAUGACUUGCGGUUGUGGGCACGAGUUCUGUUAUUCAUGUGGGGCUGGCUAUAGAAACGGGCAGCAAACGUGCGAAUGCGCAUUCUUGGGCACACAAGAACUACCCCCACUUUAUACUGCCCAAGAACUCGAACGGUGGGCAUGGGACUCGUUCGAGUCCUUCUUACCUAUAACAAUGGAUUCAUACUCGAACGAGGAGAGAUCACAGCUGGCACUCAUCCAACGGUUUUUGGCCGGAUUCUUCAGCCUUUCCGACCAUCAGCCUUACCAAUCACCGCCUCAUUGCACGGAUUCCUAUGCCGACGCCAUGAAGGAUGUGCGGUGCCAGCUGCCUUGGCUCGAGAGGUUCGUCUCAGUUAUAAGCGAUAAUUAUUAUGAAGAUUAUGUCCAGUGAGAAAUAAAGAAAAUGAAAAUAAAAAUAGAGUGGUGGUUAUUAUUAGAGGAGGGUAUAAGAGUAUCUCACUCUUCGUGGCUCCUUUUAGUAGAAAUCAGUCGGGCAAAGUUCUUGUUCGUUAGACUGUUCGAGCGUGAAUUUUAUGUUGUAUUAUGCGUGGAUUAGAUUUUUAUUUUUUUUUUCUUGGUUUGGAUGAGUAGAUUAAGGGGGAGAAGAGAUGGAAAAAUUAUGCGAUGAGAAAACUGAGCUAUUGAAUUUUUAUAAAAUACCCGAUUGUAUUGAAUGAACAAGUUUCGUUUUUUUUUUUCCUUGUAUUUUGCAUUUCUGG